AUGAAUGUUGCGUCCAUGGCUAGCGCUACGUGGAGGGUGGUGCGUCCUCACGUGCCAUUGAUCAAGUUUCGCAAAGGCUCGAGGCCAUCCACAAGAGAUGUUGGUUCAGAGGAAGAGUUUGCGAACAGGUCCCAACCAAAUUCCGCUCAAGUUCGUUCGACUUCGUCAACGCGCGUGUUGCAUCAUUAUGAAAUCCCCCUUCGUUACCGGCGGAAAACGAUUGAUGCUGACGAGAUCGCCUAUAUAAACAGGGGUGGACCGGAAUGACGAGAUCGUACAGCAGUGAAACCCUGAUCGGCCGUGGCUGUCGUAGUUCGAAACUUCGACCCGCCGUUAAUUGCCUGAACUUUUUUCGGCCAAUUGGUGAAUCACGGUGUGGCGAUAGCUUAGUGAGAGACCGUAGUUCGGGCUCGGCGUUUCAAAUCCUGAUGGAAGAGAUCGAGUUUACCCCAGUAUUUUUUCGCUUAGCGGUUUCAUUUCGUCAUGGUUGAGACGAAGUUAUCCGCUGAAAAUUAUUGUAGCCGUGUAAAUUGAAACAUGGUAAUGAAUUACCUGGUUUUGUUGACA